AUGGUAUUGGCAUCUCAUCCACCUCAGCAAAGUUUCUUUGUCGCCCCGCCGGUCUCGACAAUCACGAAGACAGAAAUCCGGGCUAGGCAGACGGUUGAGGGGCGAGGCAACCGUGAACUGAUCGCCCCGAAGUCAUUCAUGGUACACGGAUGUGAGGUUGUUCCUAGGCUACUCGGCUAUUAG